AUGGACAUCUUUUCAUUAGGAUGUCUCAUUUCUGAUCUUUAUUUAGAUGGUGAGGCCCCUUUAUUUACUUAUGAUCAAUAAUCUGAAGAUUAAAAAGGUUUAUUUGUUCCAGAAUUACAUGAUGAAUAUUCACAAGAACUUAAAGAAAUCGAAGAAUUAAUAAUACAUACAUUUGAAGGAGCUCUAAAAUAUGAAACUUCAUCCUAAAUUGCAAAUUUAGCAAUUUAAAAUCUUCCUUAGCUUUUAGAUUUUAUUCAUAAGGAAAAAUAGCUUUUUGAUCAUUUUAUAAGUUUAGUAGUUUCAUGUUUAAAUAUCGAAGAAAGAAAGCGCGCAUGUUUGGAAACAAUAGGAAGUAAUUUAGAUUCAGUAGGAAAUAUAUAAUGUAAAAACGAAGAAAAUGAAAAUCAAAAAGAUGCAAUAAAAUCAAUUAAAAUAAUUUAAGAUUCUUCUACAAUUUUAGUAGGAACAAACGGAUAAAUAAACUUAUAUAAUAUUGAAAAUGUUUCAAAUAAUUUGAUUCCAGAAGAUAAAAGAUCCUCUAGAAAUAUAUAAAAGUAAUAUGUUGACGGAGAAAUUCGUUGCUUAGAAACGUCAGUUUAACUUAGAAUCGCUGAUGAUUUCAAAGCUGGAUUAUUUAAAUUUAAUACUAUAUAGAGCGGAAUAUAUUAAAUUGAUAUUGGAGAUUUAAAUGAUGAUCUUUUAAUGGCAUAUGGAGAUUUUGAUGGAAAUAAAAGUACUGAUAUUGUUACUUUAUCAUCUUAAAAUAUAAUUAAUAUAUGUUUAUGGUAAAACGAUGGAACCAAAUUUAAAAAACAUACAUUACAAUAAUCAAAAAAUGAGAAAUGCUAAGGAAAUAUAGUUAAUAUAAUACCUGGCGAUGUAAAUUAUGAUGGAAAUUUAGAUUUAGUAUUAAUAAAAUAAACAUAAGAUAAAAAUAUUUAUUGUUUAAAUGUUUUAAUUUAAAAAAAUUGCAGUUUAAAUGACUGUUAAUUUAUUAAUUCCGUAUAUAUAAAUAUAGAAAUGGAUGGAUAACCUUUUGCUGCUGAUUUUUUAGGUCAAAUAAACUAAAAAAAUUUCUAACUUAUGUAUUUUAGUUAAAAUGAAAAUAAAAGAAAAAUUAUUAACUUUUUACAAAAUGAAAUGCAAUAAAUAGAAUUUUCAACAUUAAUUUCUUUAAAUAGCGAAUGUAUAUAAUAUCCUUAAUAAUUUAAAUUUGCAAAUCCACAUUUUAGUUCGUUUUUAGAUUUCAAUGGGGAUUGUAGAGCAGAUUUAGUAAUACAUUCAAUAAAUGAUUAAGGAAAAUAAUAAGUAGAGUUAUGGGAAAAAUUAGAAAACAAUAAAUUUUGUUUAAAAUAAAUACAAAUUUCAAAAUCAUAGGAUUUUGAUUUAAAAUCUUUCACAUUAUUAGACAUAAAUUUUGAUGGAAGUGUAGAUUUUAUAGCUUUAGUAUAAAAUAAAAAUACUAAAGAUUCUACAAUAGUAAUAUCAUAUAAUAAAAAUAAUGUUGACCCGUCAAAUUUAUGUCAAAGAUUUUCAAAAUAAUCAUACGAAGAUUUUUCUAUAUAGGGUCCUUAUACAUACCAUUAAUAACUUACAUUUGUUCCUUUUUCAAACAAAUAGGAAAACUUGGUAUUUAUAAGAUUACAAGAUGUCGAUUUAGACGGUAUGCCUGAUUUAAUAUUAACUUCCGAUAACUAACAAGAAGAAGGUAAAUUUGUAAUUCUAGAAAAUAAAAAAUGUAAAGGAAAAUAAUGUGAUACCAUAGAAGCAGAAAAUCCAAGAUUAUUUGUACUUUCAAGUGAUUAAGUUUGGAAAGAAAUGAAUGAUUAAAACGCACAUACCGUUUCUUUUUUCGAUAUUAACGAAGAUGGAAAAAUAGAUUUCUUUAUAAAUACCAAGGAUUAUUCUUCUGGAAAAAAUUCUAUUAAAUGCUUCUUUAAUUAUAUAUCUACAGAUGCUUUCUUUAUUAAAGCUUUAGGGCUUAAUGGAUAAUGUAAUAAUAAUAAAUGUUAAAGUGGAAUUUAUUAUGGAGCUACAUAUGAAUGUAAAGUUACUACUUUAGAUACUACAGAAAAAGUUGCUACAGGUGUUUAACUUAGUCAAAGUGCUUAUAGGUCUUUACAAUUACCUUUUGUUAUUUUAGGACUUGCAAGAACAAAUAAUUACAUUGAAAAUUUAACUGUUGGUUUAUCUUUAAACGAGGAUAAAUAAUCAAGAAAAACUUGGACUCCAAUUAUUCCUAAUUCAUAAUUAAUUAUAUACCCUUUAGAAUAAAAAAAUAAAUGGGUAUUGAGUAUAUUUGUUUAACCUAACGAAGCUUUACUUAUUAUAAUAAUUGUUACUGUUUUAUUAUUGGUUGGUAUCAUUAUAAAGAGAAAUAAGAAGACAAAUAAGGACAAAUGA